AUGUCAGAACUAUCGGUCCCACGGUCGGACCCUGUCGCCGAGCUCGAGGACCCCAAUGAACUCAGCGAAUGGCUUCAAGAAGCAUCCCUUCCAGACUCGGACGAAGACGAGAACGACACCGAACCCCAAGAAAUCUUUAACCCCAGCCAGUGUCUCUUUUGCAGUGAGCUUAGCCCAGCAUUCGCAGAAAACAUGGUUCACAUGCAGAAACGCCACGGACUGUCUUUACCGAAUCCUGAAAGUCUGAUAGUAGACCUCGAGACAUUGAUCAAAUACUUUCACCUCGUCAUGGUUGAGUACAAGGAGUGUCUCUACUGCGGGUCUGCCAGGAACACAGCCCAGGCCGUUCGGCAGCACAUGACGGGCAAGUCCCACUGCCGAAUAGACAUUGACAAGCCAGACUCGGAGUUUAGAGACUUUUAUAAUCUCGACCCUGGUUAUGGUAGAGGCAGCGAGGAUAGUCUGGGAUGCCGGCAUUUCGUCGACUCGAACGAGAACACCAGAGAAUUGGCAUCUGGAAAGAUCGUAUCGCAUCGAAGUGCCAAGAAAGCCAGAGAUCGCCGAGACCCUAAGAGUAGCAAGAGGGAAGUCAGCUACUCGCUUCUGGUUGGGGAAGGCUCGUCAAAAGGAAACACAUCGACAGCCUUGACAGCAAGUCACCAUAGCGAGAAGGGUUUGACGACAGCAGCAGACAACCGGGAAAGUAUAUUCGAGAAGCAAUUAGCCACGCUGCGCCCGGCCGAUCGACAGGCCUUGACGCACUUGCCGCUCCCACAACAGAGAGCGCUGGUAGCCAAGGCGAAGAAACAGCAGGAGGCUUGGAACAGCGAGCAGACGGCACAGAUGAUUAAGGUUCAGAUGAAGGCUAGAUGA